AAUUAACUAAAAAAACAUCGUAAUGAUACUUAAUAUUUUUGUUUGCUUUAAUGAAAGAGUUAUAGAUGAAUUAACUACUUAAGUUCAGUUUAAAAAAUUAAAAAUUAUUAAUUGAAUACAAGUUUAAAAAUCAGUUACAUUAACUAUUUAUAUAGUUAAUUGAACUAAAAAAUAUUUAACAUAACUACUUAGAGAUAUUUAUAAUAACUAUCUAUUGGUGUUGUAGUAACUCCGAAAAAAUAGUUAAAGCGCUAUUUAACUGUCAUUUUAUAGUUAGAUUUACUGGAUUUUUCUCUCAGUGUAAGAGCAAUGACGUUUCAUAUUACCUAUGUACAUAGAAGUAAAGGAAUAAUUACAAUUACUUUGUCCCUUACCCUUGACUUACGUCGUACACAGAUUUACUUUAACAAGAUAAUAGUGUAAUAAUUUAACACUUUUUAAAGUGAAGCAUAAAACUACUAUCAAACAGCUUGGGGUGCUUGCUAUUUGUUAUUUACCUCAAGACCGCAAUAGUGAUAACAAAUAUUCUACAAUGUAUCGAAUAUUUAAUAAAACAGGGCGAUCGCGGGUGUCUCUUCUUGAUCGUCCAUUAUUUUUGAUAGUGACCGUUGGAUUUAUUUGGUCUUUAAUUUCAAUAAAUGAUGCGUCUGUUAUCGAUACUGCACGAAACAAUGUGGUGACAAAUAAAUGCAUGAGUACCGCAUGUUCUGUAGAGCGUUCAGAAACCGCCGCACGAAUCAUAAGAUACCGAGAUGAUACUAUAAAUCCUUGUAAUAAUUUUUACCGAUUUGCUUGCGGGAAUUACAAAAAAACUGAUAAGUCAAAUGAUUAUGAUCACCUUAUGUCACAAAAAAUUGUUCAUUUUGAAAAGCAGAUCAAAGAAGGAAUCUCUUCUGACUUUGAGCCCUACAAACUUAUCGAUGAUAUUUACAAAAUAUGCAUGAACAAAGAGGCUAGGGGACAACAAGGUUUAGAUCUUAUGAAGAGAAUCAUUAAGACUUUAGGAAACUGGCCGAUUUUGGAAGCCGACAAUUGGAAGGAAUCUGAAUUCGAUUGGAUCGAUUUUAGUGGCAAUGCAAAAAAAGUCGGUUAUGGUAUAAAUUAUUUCUUAGAUUGGCAUUCUUUUUUCACGUUCCGUAAUAAUAAAUAUGGUUUAAGAUAUGCUGUCACAAUGAAUCCAUACUAUUUUGAUCUUUCAAUGGGAACAGAAACCAUAGAGAAAAAAGAAAUGUACGCCGACUAUAUGCUUGAAAUAGCACGAUCUCUUGGUGCAAAUAAUGGAGAGGUCAUACAACAAUUGAAGGAAGCCUUUGAAUUCGAGAAUAAAUUUAAUGAGAUUAUUUCAAGAGAUAUUUCAUCUGAUAUGAAUGAUAACAUUACUGGUGUCGAUAUUAAUAUUCAAGGGUUACAAAAGCAAUGGCCGAGUAUCGAUUGGAAAAGAUUUAUUGAUAAAUCCCUAAUUCCCUUUGUGGACAAGAAUGAAGAGCCUAUUUUAACUGUAAAGAGUUCUACAAUUUUAACAGAGUUUACAAAGCUCAUGGAAAAAACUCCAAAACGUGUACAGGCAAAUUACGCCAUCUGGAAAUUAGUUCAAUAUUCAGUUCCUUAUUUGACUGAAGAAUUUAGGAAAGCGCAAGAAAAGUUCUAUAAACAAGUAGGUUAUGUUGGCAUUCCAACUGAUGAUUAUUGUAUGCAAAGAGUUGAAUCGGCUGCAAGAUUUGCUUAUGUUCAGUAUUACUUGGAUCAACAUAAAAGUAGUCGAGAGACCAUUAAACAAAUGACAAUGGCUUUUAGCGAUCGAAUUAUUAGAAUGAUAAACGAAUCUAAAAUAUGGUGUCAAAAAGCUAAAAUUCAAUCAAUUGAAAUUAUUAAAAAAAUGCCAUUCACGAUAGGGCUAUCGGAAAAAUUCUCUGAUCCGAAGGAACUUAAAAAAUACUACGCGGAUGCCCAAGUUGUUGAAAAUAACUCCUUGCAGACGCUUUUGAACUUGAAUGUAUUUGAAUUUAAAAAAUACUUGAGUGUUAAAGCAAACUUAGAUAUAAUUCCAUACGAUCUUUUUCCGCAGAGUAAAGUAGGCCUUCCAGAUUAUAUUGAUGGGCAAUUACUCAUUUCAACAACUAUGAUAGAUAGUCCUUUGUUUAACUACAAUCGUCCAAUGUACAUGAAUUUUGGUUCAAGUGGUACCUAUUUGGCUAGUAAUAUCGCCUCAGAUAUAUUUUACGUCGGAAUGAAUUACUUAGUUGGGAAAGAACAACUCGAUUGUUUCCGUCAUCAAAUUGAUGAUUUAACCGAUGAGGCAAUGAAAGAAAAUAUGCUUCGGGAUAGAUUCGAUGUAGAAUUGGUUACCAAGUACAUCGGAUUCCGUACUUCUUGGGCAGCUUAUCAGGAUUACGUUGCCAGAUCGGGAACAGAACCGACUCUUGGAGGAUACACACAGAGCCAAUUAUUUUGGAUAUCUUACGCACAAUCAUUCUGUUCCGAGUAUUUAAAUGUGAAUGAACCACGCAAUAUUUAUUACAAUCAGCUAAAUAUCCUUGAAUACAAAAUGAUGAAAAUACUUUCGAAUAUACCUGAAAUUUCAGCUGAUUUUCAAUGCCCCGUUGGUUCUAAUCUGAAUCAGGAACCCAAAUGUACCUGGUGGUAGUUAAUAUAAUUUGUUUUUUUAACAAUUGUUCCAAUUUACUUAUUUGUUUUAUUCAAUACUGAGAUAAUUAAACGUGGAGUUUUAUAAUUUUGUAAUUACUAAUUAUAAUUAUAAUUUUUGACCAGUAUUCUAUCAGAAAUUUUAAGAAGUUGACAAAAAUCAUUAUGUAGUGAGUUGAUGUAAAACCAAAGAUAAUAACAAAUGAUAAUAACAGAAGAUAAAAAUACUCCUGUUUUUUUAACUACACUCAGAAAAUUAAAUGAUAGGAAUUACCGUCUAGUUAUGGUAAAAAUUUUUACUAUCAAUCCGAUAGUAGUGAAUAUUAUCUAAAUGAUUGUAUAAAUCAUCUAGAUCGUAAUAUUUACCAUAUGUAUGAUAAUUGUUACGAUCCUGUAUGUUAACUAGAGUUAAUUAGUAUUUUUAUUCUAAAUAGUUAUAUUUAUAACCUAGGUGGUAACAGUUAUCAUCAGAAAUUAUAAUUAUUACCAUCCUGAUAGUAACUGUUACGAAAUUUUAUUGCAGAAGUAAAUAUUAUCAUCCUGAUGGUAAAUAUUACCAUUGUGAUAGUAACUGUUAUCAUCCUGAUUGUAACUGUUACGAAAUUUAUUGUAGAAGUUAUCAUCCAAUAAUUAUCAAUCCUAUUAAAAAAAAUUAUAACACUAACUAUUUUUGCAUUUAAAAACGUUCCAAUCAUUCUAGAUGAUUGGAGUUAAAAAUUUAGCAUAAUAAAUACAAUUACUUAAUUUUCUGAGUGUAUAAUACUUACAAACAUAGUAAUCAUUGCCACGUAGCAUGGUGACGCUGAUUUUUUAGCCGCAUUGUUUAUUUGACAGCGCUAGCCAUGCUAGCAUAGGAAUGAUUUCUAUGCUAUAUUAGAAUUAUGACAAUUUCAAUGUAGCUGCUCCAGAUAACAAAAUUAUAUAAAAUUAAAUGUAAAAAAUGGCUUAAUAUAGUUACAUAUAAUUAUAAAUUCUUACAUAUAAUUAUACCGCACACUGAUAGAAGGAUUUAUUUGAGAAUAAUGAACCAGAUUUAUUAAAACUCUUGUGAGAAGAUUCUUUGAGACAAAUAAAUAUUUAUUACAAUUAAGUCAAUCGUUAUUUUAUCUCAAAUAAAUGUUUGUAAUAUUAACAAAGUUUUCUUGACUUGAAUAAAUAUUUGUUCUAACCAUAUAAUAUUUAUUAAUUAAUUAAUUGGCGAAUCUUAUUAAGUCUAACGAAAUCUUUCUAUCAGUGUACUAUUCCUAAUCUAGGCUAUUUUCAGACGUGUUUUCAAUAAUUUUUAGUCUGGUUUUGGUUGCCUCUAGAUCAAAAUCAAACUUUUUUCUUAUAAAGUAUUGUCUUCUUUUGUUUUUAUCCGAACCAAAAUCAGACUUUUACUACUUAUUAUUUUUAUUAGUCUGUUUUUGAUCGUCUUUAGAUCAAAAACAGUUUAAAAUUCUUAUGAAAAUUGAAAGACAGGCCAAAAUCAGAUCAAAUUUUUAGACCCGGUUGGUUACCAUAUAGAAUGGUAAUCAUCAUUUUCUUCUUUUCGUGUAUUGGUAUAUUGUUUAAAAACCAACUACGAGAGGAGUCGCGGCAGUAUUAUGGAUCGAAAUUUAACUAUAAAUAUAUUCCGAUUUGAAUACUUAAUA